AUGGCUCCAGGCCCCUUCUCCUCGGCGCUUUUCUCGCCUCCCCCUGCAGCCCUGCCCUUCCUGCUGCUGCUCUGGGCAGGGGCGUCUCGUGGCCAGCCCUGCCCCGGCCGCUGCAUCUGCCAGAACGUGGCGCCCACACUGACCAUGCUGUGUGCCAAGACCGGCCUGCUCUUUGUGCCCCCUGCCAUCGACCGGCGUGUUGUGGAGCUGCGGCUCACCGACAAUUUCAUUGCGGCCGUCCGCCGCCGCGACUUUGCCAACAUGACCAGCCUGGUGCACCUCACCCUCUCCCGGAACACCAUCGGCCAGGUAGCGGCCGGCGCCUUCGCCGACCUCCGAGCUCUCCGCGCCCUGCACCUCGACAGCAACCGCCUGGCGGAGGUGCGCGGUGACCAGCUCCGAGGCCUGGGCAACCUCCGCCACCUGAUCCUCGGCAACAACCAGAUCCGCCGGGUAGAGUCGGCCGCCUUCGACGCCUUCCUGUCCACCGUGGAGGACCUGGAUCUGUCCUACAACAACCUGGAGGCCCUGCCCUGGGAGGCAGUGGGCCAGAUGGUGAACCUGAACACCCUCACGCUGGACCACAAUCUCAUCGAUCACAUUGCCGAGGGCACCUUUGUGCAGCUCCACAAACUGGUCCGCCUGGACAUGACCUCCAACCGCCUCCAUAAACUCCCGCCCGAUGGGCUCUUCCUGAGGUCCCAAGGCGCGGGCCCGAAGCCGCCCACGCCGCUGACCGUCAGCUUCGGUGGCAACCCCCUGCACUGUAACUGUGAGCUGCUGUGGCUACGGCGGCUAACCCGAGAGGACGACCUGGAGACCUGCGCCACCCCUGAGCACCUCACCGACCGCUACUUCUGGUCCAUCCCGGAGGAGGAGUUCCUGUGUGAACCCCCGCUGAUCACGCGGCAGGCGGGAGGCCGGGCCUUGGUGGUAGAGGGCCAGGCGGUCAGCCUGCGGUGCCGGGCGGUGGGUGACCCUGAGCCAGUGGUGCACUGGGUGGCACCUGACGGGCGGCUGCUGGGGAACUCGAGCCGGACCCGGGUCCGGGGGGACGGGACACUGGAUGUUACCAUCACCACCUUGCGGGACAGUGGCACCUUCACGUGCAUCGCCUCCAACGCUGCCGGGGAGGCCACGGCGCCGGUGGAGGUGUGCGUGGUGCCUCUGCCGUUGAUGGCACCGCCGCCGGCGGCCCCGCCCCCUCUCACCGAGCCUGGUUCCUCCGACAUCGCCACGCCCGGCCGGCCUGGGGCCAAUGACUCGGCUGCUGAGCGCCGGCUUGUGGCUGCCGAGCUUACCUCGAACUCUGUGCUCAUCCGCUGGCCAGCCCAGAGGCCCGUGCCCGGCAUCCGCAUGUACCAGGUUCAGUACAACAGCUCCGCCGACGACUCCCUGGUCUACAGGAUGAUCCCGUCCACCAGUCAGACCUUCCUGGUGAAUGAUCUGGCCGCGGGCCGUGCCUACGACCUGUGCGUGCUAGCUGUCUACGACGACGGGGCCACGGCGCUGCCCGCCACGCGCGUGGUGGGCUGCGUGCAGUUCACCACCGCCGGAGACCCGGCGCCCUGCCGCCCCCUGCGGGCCCAUUUCCUGGGCGGCACCAUGAUCAUCGCCAUCGGGGGUGUCAUCGUCGCCUCGGUCCUCGUCUUCAUCGUCCUGCUCAUGAUCCGCUACAAGGUCUACGGCGAUGGGAACGGCCGCCGCGCGAAGGGCACCUCCAGGUCGCCUCCGCGGGUCAGCCACGUGUGCUCGCAGACCAACGGCGCAGGCGCGGCGCAGGCCCCGCCCCCGCCGGACCGCUACGAGGCGCUGCGCGAGGGGACGUCCCCAGCCGUCGCCGUCGAGGCCGAGGCCAGCGUGGCGGAAGCGGCCUCCCCUGACUCGGAAGCGGCGCUCGGACGCGCUCUGGGCGGCUCGACCACCUCGCUGUGUCUGCUGCCGUCCGAGGAAGCCUCUGCGGAGGAGCCUCGGGCCACGGCGGGCCCUCGGAGGAGCCGUUCCGGGGCGCUGGGGCCGCCAGCUUCGGCUCCCGCCACUCUGGCUCUGGUUCCUGGGGGGGCCCCGGCCCGGCCGAGGCCGCAGCAGCGCUAUUCGUUCGACGGGGACUACGGGGCGCUCUUCCAGAGCCACAGUUACCCGCGCCGCGCCCGGCGGACAAAGCGCCACCGGUCCACGCCGCACCUGGACGGGGCCGGAGCGGGCGCGGCCGGGGACGACGGAGACCUGGGGCUGGGCUCCGCCAGGGCGCGCCUGGCCUUUACCAGCACCGAGUGGAUGCUGGAGAGUACCGUGUGA